CGUGCAUAUUUCAAAAUCCUCUACGGAAAAAUACUUCAUUCAAAAUCCGCAUAUAAAAGGUCUCAGUAUACUGCGAAUUUGUCACCCAUUAGCGAGCCGGCUUGAUUGUUGUUAAUUUGGAUAGCAUAACUGGCAUCCCUGAGGUAGCGUCAGCAGGUUCUUUUUCACAGUGCAGUUGUCAUUUCAGUUUACAUUUAUCAGGGAUUAAAAUAAUGCUGCUUCGACAUAUCAUUCCGACCAACAACGAUGUGGAAGAAAUCUACAUUGUAAAGCAGGAAGAUGAACCGAUUGAAGCAAAUGGGAAUCCACUUUCCGCAGCUGGUCCUAGCAGACCUGGAGGAUUGCUUCCGACAGCUCUGCUGGAAAACGAGGAUUUCGAAAUCAAGGAUGAACCAUUGAGUAUUCACGGAAGUGAUGAAGAGUAUGAUAAUGAAGAAAAGUAUGAUCCUCCGACUCCCAUAUUCCAUGCCCUACCGGUGGAGGUAAAACUUGUUGAGGAUCUUCCGAAGAAAUUGGAAGCUAUCAAAAAAGAACCAAUCGAUACUCAGCCACAAUUGCAGCCGCCUAAGCCUUUACAGACCAUCCAGUUACCUGUGAAGGUAACAGUGAAAUGCGAAGAAGAUACAGAAUCGGAUGAAGCUUGGGCUAAGAACGACGAUGUGCCUCUUGCUAGGAGACUAGAAAAGGUAAAAGCGAAGCGAGCUCGGAAGCGAAGAAUUUUAAUUAAAAAGAAGGAAAUCAAAACUGCAGAAUCGGAUGAAAGUGCUGAGUAUAAUGACGACUUCAAUGAUGAUGAUUAUAAGCCACCGAAUGUAGUGGGCAAAAAAGUAAAGAAAGAACAGGUUAAGCGCCGCAAGAAAAUAAAAUCAGAGAUUGAAAAGGAUUGCAGUGAAGAAUCUGACCAGGAAGAUGUGGUAAAAUGUUAUAUAUGUGUCACCGAUCAAAAGGAAACAUGGGCUCUGAUAAAGCAUAUGAGGCGCGAGCAUAAGAACAUGUUACCAUUCAAUUGCAAAAUUUGCGUGUCACGUGAAAUUACAAAAUUGAAGGAAUUGAAUUAUCAUUUUCGGCAGCAUGAUGAAAGUCGCAAACACAAAUGUAUGUAUUGUGCGGCACGCUUUCCAUCGGCACAGGCCCAGAGCAGUCAUAUGCGUCGUAUGCACAAUGAGAAAUACAAUGCGGAUAUGGAAAAAUAUCGACGAUUCGUAUGUCGUUUCUGCGAUAAGAAGUUUACUAAGAAACACGAUCACGAGAUGCACGAAAAACGACAUCUCAAGGAACAAUCCGACGAUGUAGAGUUUUUAAAACGAGAACUCAAAUGCUAUAUUUGUAAUGAAUUCACGGGUAAAACGCGGGAUGACUUGAAUGUGCACGUUGUGACUCAUAAUAAGGAGUGGUUACCGUAUUAUUGUCAGAAAUGUGACAAUAAAAAAAUCACUACAACUCGGGUUCUGUGUGAGCAUUUGCGCCAACAUGAGGAAGGUCUUGCUGUCAAGUGUGUUUACUGUGACGAACGUUUUGUUACGCUGGCAUCAUGCCAGGCCCAUGAACGCAGUCAUGCUGCAGAAAAGGAAGCGGACGAAAUACUGGAUGCUAAGAUAAUAGCAGAAACACAUAAUGCAACUGUGGUUGUUGUGGAUGGCCAAAAGCGGUUUCAGUGCGACAAAUGUGACCGUUCAUAUACUCUUUUCAGUAGUCUUCGAAAGCAUCAAAAUCUGCAUACCAAGAGCAAUGCUUACAUCUGUCUAAAAUGUGGCAGGGCGUUUAUUAAAGCUUCAUCGUUGGCUCUUCAUGAAAGAAGAAACCAUGAUGAAAAUGCUAAUUUUUCAUGCGAAGGUUGUGGGAAAACUUUUCGUACGAUUGGUCACUUAUUGGAUCAUCGGACUCGAACUCAACAUUAUGCCGGAAAGCCUUACAUUUGUGAAGGAUGUACAACCACGUUCCGUUUACCAGAUGAGCUUAAAGAGCAUCAGAUAACAUGCACCGAAACUGAAGCUAAUCGACCUUGUUUUUGUGGAUUGUGCUCGGAAAAUUUCGCUUCGCUGACGAUUGCUCUGGAGCACGUUAAAGCGGAUCACGAUUUAGAAAUACCAGAAACAAAAUGCAGAUACUGUGAUCUAACAUUCCGCGAUGCCGAACGAAUUGUGGAGCACGAAUUUAAGCACACUUUGCCAGGAAUUAUGACUUGCACAAUGUGCAAUCGAAUAUUCAAGCAUCUAAAAAAUUUACAAUGUCACAUGAAGAAUCACGGCAAGGUAGCGAUUCCGUUCAUGUGUGAUAUUUGUGGUAAAACGUUCACACAAAAGGGAACUCUGACCAUCCAUACUCGAUUGCAUACUGGAGAACGUCCAUAUACUUGUCAGCUCUGCCAGAAAGGAUUUGUGGAUAAAAAUGAAAUGCGACGGCACUACAAUAUGCAUUUCAAUCCUCAAAGUAAGUUGUUUAUCCCGAACGCGGAACAAAUCGCUGCCCCAGUAGAUGUUGGAGCCCAAGGUAAAAAAUAUAAGCAGUAUACUUGCAAGAUUUGUAGUCGCCAGCUUACCACUUCGACGGCGUUGGCCAAACAUAUUACAACACACACGGGCGAGAAAAAGUAUCAGUGCGACUUUUGUGAGAAACGUUUCGCUCAGGGAGGACAGCUGACGGUUCACCGGCGCAUCCACACCGGCGAGAGACCGUUUGCAUGUGAGAUUUGUGGUCAGCGGUUCGUCGGGGGAAGUAACUACAAACGGCAUCUUAAGCAGGGAAUGUGCAAAGCAACUGGUAUCGCUGUUAUACCCGAACUUUCGGCACCGGUUGUCGUCGAUCCGCUGAGUGACGAUGAUCCGAUAUAUCCGGGCGAAUAGACUACUUUUAUUUGUUCUAGUUCUUUGGUGAAACAACAGUUUAAUAUUUUUAUAUUCUAAAAUCGAUUUAAAGGGCUUACAAUUUUAAUUUUGUAACGAUCAGAUGCAUGGAUCAGAAAAUAUUUUUGAUCGUGUUGAACAAAAGCGGGUUGCGUGAAGAGCAUUCGGCUUACCCGUCAGUCAGCCCAGCAGAGUUUAUUCGCUUGAACAGUUAAUGAAUCGGGUAAUUCGAAUUUAUUGUUGCGGAAUGAAGAUUUUUCAAUAUAGUGAUAAAAAAUUUACUCCAAGCACUAAUUUACAACUUAUCAUUUGCUAUCCGUAGUUAGUUUAGAACUAGCUUUUUUGAUUCAGUGAAAUUAUGAUCAAUUUUAUCAUCUUAACGCAGUCUAGGUCUAAUCUUAUCAAAUGUAAUUUAUAAAUAUGGCAUAAAGUUUCUGCAGCUUUGCUACCAA